AUGGGUGUCAAGGGCCUGAAGACAGCAUCUGCUGUGUCAAUACACCAGAGACGAACCGAAGAGGAACAGCAACAACGAAAUGUUGCCUUGAAGAAAGCUAUUGGCUUUGCCCAAGUACCUCUGCUCACCAACCUCGUCUACUUUGCGUGGCGAUGGUUUAGCGUCCUCAAAUGCAUUCCAAGCUCCGGUGGCAGUGAGAUUGUUGCAUUCGUAGGAUUUCUCUUGGUGGAAUGGAUCUUCGCAGGUAAGCCUUCAGAAACGCGCGAAGUUGGCUCAGAAGGCUAACGGGAUGCAGUGAGCGGAUUGCUGAAUGCACUCCUGGUUUCUAGUCUGGGCAAAACCUGGACUCCUCAAGAGCAAAAGCGGGCGAAAGGCGAGAGCAUUCCUCGCGUAGAUGUAUUCUUGCCAUGCUACGGGGAAGGUUUGGACAUCAUCAAGGACACAAUCAACACUGCGGUUCGACAAGACUAUCCCAAAGACAAAUUCCGUGUCGUCAUUCUCGACGAUGGUAACUCUCCUGCAGUGCGCGAGCUUGUCUCUGAAAUCAGCAAAGAGAACCCGGAUGUUCAAUUACACUAUGGAGCUCGCGGCAGAGAGGUGAAGAUCCACUCGAAGGCUGCGAACAUCUGCUAUGGUAUGGAGCUGGUCAAGACCUUGCCGGGAGGCGCCGCGCCCUACUUCGGUGUCGUGGAUAUCGACAUGUUGCUGGAACCCGAAUGGAUUCGUGCCACUGUGCCAUUUCUGGAAGAGGACGAGCUUGUUGCCAUGGCUGGCAGCCCGCAAAAGUUCUACAACCUGCCUCAAGGGUUCUGCCUGGCUCCUCGCUUCGCACUGGAGAGCGACGUGCUUCAACGUGUCUUUGACGCAAAUGGCAAAGCCGUCUGCCAAGGGACUGGAUAUCUGGCCCGCACAUCUACCUUUGAAGCUCUUGGAGGCUUUCCUACCAUGGUCAAGCAGGAGGAUAGCUUCAUUGUCAGCAUCAUCCUGUCAGCGCAUGGCUACAAGGUCCGCCUACUUGAAGAGGAGCACCAGCACGGCAUGAACGCUUUGACCUAUACGGAUAUGGCGAAACUACAGACCAAGUGGAUGACGGGAAUCAUUCACGCAUACUCACUCUUCACACACCCAAUUCUGACUUGCAAGCCUCUGGGCGCUCGAGUUAGUGGACUCAUUCCUGUGUUGCACAUGACCAUCUUCCGCCUGUUCCUGGUGCUUGCCCUCCCGUCCAUCCUUCUGCUGGCCAGAACUGCGGUCAUUCCGACUGCAAACUACACCGAUUUCAGAAUUACUUUGGCUUUGGCUUCGGUUGCAUAUUCAUCGUCUUACAUCAUGUCUUGGUUCCUGUCAGCCGCUGCAAACGGUAAUAUCUCACUGGACGACGGCACACGUCUCUGGAACUUGCCGUACCAGCUCAAGGGUGUCAUGUGGCUCGUCCAUCACGCCAUCUUCGGCGAGUCAAAGAUGCCUCGCUUCCUCACCACCGGCGCCGACUGCGCCGCCUCCAAGAAAACCGCCAGCACCAGCGUCAUCGGCAGACUCUGGCGAACAGUCAUCUACGAUGGAGGCUGGAUGCACAUGACCUACUUCUUCCUCCUCACGGCGGUCAUCUCCCUGACUCUGCGCGACGCGACUUCGACCAAAUGGCUCCUGGCCUCCAUCGCUUUCCCGCCUUUCACGAAGAUUCUGCUCGAUUGCCUGUACAACUCCAUCACGCCCAUCAUCUACGUGCUCUCGCCGGACCCGAAUCUGAAGACCAGGGAAGAUUUCUUGGAGAGGGACGAGAAGACUGGUGUGGCGCGGCCUUCGAUGGCGGCUAUUACUCCUCCUAAGCCUGCGUUCUUUGGCACCUUGGGUUUGACGGGCUGGCUCUGGGCGUACUUCGCAGUCGCACCACUUUGGCUUGCAACACGCUACUAG